AUGGCGGACUCUCUUCUCUCCUCUAUCGCCACCUUUCACACCACCAAGAUAAUCAUCACUGAUCCCACCAAGUACUACUUCAUUGGGUCAAUCCCUGACACCAUGCUUGCCUGUGUGUCUCAAGCAAGAAAUGUUCUGCAACAAUAUAGGAAGAUUCCUUCUUCAGGUCCAAGGGAACUCACACCAGCCAUGGUUCGCUCCAUUGAAGAGACUGACAAGCCAGCCAAGAAGGGAAAGAAACCUGAGACACAGAAGGAGACGAUGGUUACAAAACCAAACAAGGACACUACCACUACCACCACUACUACAUGGGCUCAUUAUACAGCACCCACCCCACCAGUUACAACCGAACCACCAGUAACAAUCGAACCUUCCACCACUACAAAACCCUUAUCACCUACCCCAUCCACUGACACCACCCCAGUUCUAGGCGGUGAGGACUUAGAAUUUGAUUCCACUUAUUUCAGUCCUUACCGUGUACAGAGUGAUGAAGACGAAGAUGCACCUGUCACCAAGUGUCAUCUCAAAGCAGUCAAUGACAAACUUGAUCAACUGCUUUCCUCCUCUUCCUCUGGGGCCUAUUCAGAUGAUUCUCUUAAAGACUUCUCUGUUGGUGAUGUUCACUCCAUUUUGCCUCAUCUCCUUGAUGCACAUGAUCCCAUCAUAAACAUUACCAUACGAAGACACUUGGCUGAGAAACUAAGACCUGCACUGGAUAUCCUUAGUCGUAUCGAGGGAGUUUCGGUGACUGGUGUCCAGCCGAAACAAGGGGGAGAGAAGGCAGCGAAAAAUCAACCUCCUCCUGAACCGAAACCAACUGUUGAACCGAAGGAUAAUGAAGCUUCGAUCAGUAAAAGAGAUAAGAAGAAAAAGAAGAUCGGUGAAGAUAACACUGAUGACGAAGACGAUGUUUAUGAAGAAAAUCCCGAAAAGCCUUAUCAAAAAACAAAAUCUACUGAUAAAGAGCUUGAAGAAAAGUUCAAGAAGCAAAUGGAUGACCUAGAGAAGAAGCAAAAAGAGAAGGAGCUUAUGGAGAAGAAGAAGUCCAUUUUUCCAAAAUGGACUAUUGACUCGCUUCAAAAAAGCGCCAUAGACGAACCAAGUGUUCUUUGGCUCGAACCAGUCAUGUCAUUUGGUCUUGAAAACUCCAAGGAUGAACAGUUUGACAUGCCGAUCACUUGA